ACUUAAAUCUACUUACUGAUAAGACCCGGGUACAAUAGCUGAUUACAUCGAAAAUUUUUGAGUGAUUUUAGAAAAAUAAUGCUUGGUGAAGACUAUCUGUGCGUAUAUAUGUGAUGCAACUAAUUAGUGAUCAGUGUUUUGGUUUCUAUCUUAACUAUGAGGAAAAAGUGUCCUCUACGUCGAAAGAUGUACGAAAGCUCGUGUUCGUAUCAAGGGGCGUUGGAGUUAAAGAGAAGCGCGUCAGCGACAUGUCCUUUGGGUAUUAAAACCGAGGAGUUUUCUACUGCAUCAGAUUGGCCUGCCUACAGGUUUUGUAACCCAAGCACUUUCGAGCAAUUGAAGCAGAGUGUGGAAAAGGCCAAGGCUGCACUUCAGGACCGAAGUAGUUUUUUCGGGAACGGUAGUGCGUUCAGUGACUUGUAUAAUGUGUCAACGGGAAGAUCUCAAGAUAAUAUUACAGAUAGUUCUAGUAGGUUAAGAGACAAUAAUGAAAUUGAUAUUAAAAGGAGUGAUACUUCGUACAAAGGUUCAUGGGGCUCGCACGCUACAUCGCAGUCGCAAGGUUACGGAACGAACAGCCUCACGGGGAUGACAAAAGCGUCAUUAGAUCCUCAUAGUCAUUUACGACAACCAGAUCCAUAUCAAAUGUUUGGACCCACAAGUAGUCGUUUAGCUAGUUCAGGAUCGGGUCAGAUACAAUUGUGGCAGUUUCUCUUAGAAUUACUGAGCGAUUCGUCAAAUGCAGCUUGUAUUACGUGGGAGGGAACCAACGGAGAAUUUAAAUUAACAGAUCCAGAUGAAGUUGCAAGAAGAUGGGGAGAAAGGAAAUCUAAACCGAAUAUGAACUACGAUAAAUUAUCCAGAGCGCUCAGAUAUUAUUAUGAUAAGAACAUAAUGACCAAAGUCCAUGGUAAGCGGUAUGCGUACAAAUUUGAUUUUCAAGGCUUAGCUGCUGCUACUCAACCAGCCACUAGUGAUCCCAGCAGUUAUAAAUACCAAAGUGAACUAUUUAUGAGUUCAUAUCAUCACAGCGCGAAGUUGGGCAGUUUCAUGAGUCCGCACGCUACGAUACCCAGUUCAGCAGCUUCCAUAUUUCCAUCCCCGGGUUCAUAUUGGAGUAAUCCAAGUGCAAAUUUAUACUCGAACAUAGCAGCUAGCACGCAUUCGAUAAGCCAUCAUGCAGGACCACAUCUAGGAGCGCCUCCUCUAGGCUCAUAUCCGCAUUACGCAUGACCUGCUUCGAGCUCUUCGUCAGGAUCAGACUGGACAAAGAAACUGACUAUGUAGGAUGGAAAAAUGCCUGAUAUACGUUACUUUGACAACAUUUAGAAUCAAAUCGAAUUUACGAAAUUUAAGCAUAUAUGAAUCAAGUUUUUUUUUAACUACAUUGAGGUUUUUCGUUUCAAGCAAUAAGUUGUAUUAGAUGUUUAGAUUCAUCGUUCAUUCAAAUAAACUCCAAAGGAAUGAGAUACUUUCAAUGUGAGAUGGAUUCAUUGGAGUUAAAUGGACUUUUAGCAAAGCUCGUUUUGAUAUUUUUUUUUGUUGUUGACAUGUUGAUUUGAAAUUUUGGGGGUCAAUAAACAAUUCUUAUAAUUUAUAUCUUAUUCGAUCCAUUGGCAUUGGAAUAAUCUAUUGAUCAGAACGUCUAUAUUGAGAUAUAGACCAGGGUAGAAGCCUUAAAAAAAAUAAAAAGUGGAAAAACAAUAGAAUGGUGAAACCUAUUGAGAAAUGAGAAGAAUAUGAAAAAAAUAGAAGGAAAAAUAAUUAACAGGCGAUCUGGGGUCGGGAAGGAAAAGGGGGUGAGUUUUUAAGAAUAAAAAACGGUUUAUAUAAAACAAUAUUACCAAGGUCAUGGUAAACUUACCCAGAAAUGGCAAAAAAUAAAACGAAAAAACUCGCAUCCGAUUUUUUUUAAUCAUUAUGCACAAUUUUUAGAUAUUUAUUAAAUUUUUAGACUAUUGUUUAUCUAGGUAACAUGGAAUCUAACAUUUUUCGUGUAAUUAGAGUAGAAAAAUUCAAAAAAUAACUAAAAAUUGUACGUAAAAACUAAAAAAAAUUCGGAUGUGGGUUUUUUUCGUCUUACCUUUUGCUUUUUCUGAGAAAAUUCACCAUCAGGAAGUAGACAUUUCAACGAACAAAAAUCUCACCGACUUUUUAAAGAGACAAGAGAAUUUUCGAUUGAAAAUUAAGAUGUUUUUUCGAUAUUAAGUUUAAAAAUAAAUAUUUCGUAUCAUAUGAAUUACACUAUAUAUGGAACAUAAAAAGGUAACUUUUCACAAAAUUUCGUGAAGAAGAUAAAAAUAAAAAUUUCGGUUUUUUGAAUUUUUCACAUAAAUUUUGAGGUUAAGUAUAAAAAGUUUUGAUACAAAUAUUAUAGAUCUACUUAUUACCUACAAUUUUAUCUUUUGACUUUUUUCUAUAGGACUUGUAGUUUUGACAGAAAUCAAGAUAAACCGUUUUUUACCAUUAAAAACUUACCCCCUUUUCCUUCCCGACCUCAGUUCGCUCAUAAAUUAUUUUUCCUUCUAUUUUUAUCGUAUUCUCCUCCUUUUGCAUUGUGUUUCAUACUACUAUUAUUAUUUUUGGUUUCAAAAAUUAUCGACUCUGGUCUAAUAACAUAAGUACUGGUACCAGUAUGUUUGGAGUAGUCAUAUUUUUAAUAGCAAAGUAACUGUAUUUAUUGAUAUAGUGAUUUUAAUUAAUUGAGAUCUAACCAAAAUUAAUCAGGAAAAAAUAUUCGAUUGUCUAACAUUUCAGUUUUGAUCACACGUGUGAGUGAGGUAGAAAUGAAAAACUAGUUUGGAAAACUUCAAGAAUUAUGAGAAUAUAAUUCUAUUUCGUAUCUAUGUCAAAUGAAAAAUUCUUUUUGUAACUAUUCACUUAUUUUAGAAUUUACAGUUUCUUGAAUGUUUCUUAAUUUCAUUGACAAUUUGCAAAGCUCAGUACCACGUGAUAUUUAGAGAGCAUGAUAUAGAAGGAAUUGCUCAGUAACAGUUUUCUAUAAUAAAAAAGGUAUCUCUUCAAUUUAGUUACUAAAUUCGUGACAUAAAUCUGAAAUUCUCAUUUAUAUAAUCUUACGACUUCUUCGAUUUGAAGUUGGUCAAAUUAAAGAGCAAUGAUGCUAAUGACGAUAAACACAAAGAGGACAGUAAUAAGCACACGCAUUUCAGUAGCCAACCGCGUAUUGGAGGGAAAGAAAAUUUUUUGAUUAUUCUUAAAUUUUCUAAUUUUAUUAUUGUUCAAUUUAUUAUCUUUUUUCCAGUCUAUAUCAUGUAAAUUCUGAAUUAUUUUUCGAAAGAUCCCUUAAAUAGAUACGAAUAAGAUACAUAAAAAGUUUUCUGGCUAUAUUCAUAUUCUUUUCGUAAAAAAAUUGUUCCAAUUCAAUUAGAAAGUUUAGUAUGCUCAUAUAAUGAGCCAGCGUAUAUAUGAAUUGCAUUGAAACGAGCAGUUUCAUAAAUAUAGAUUCGAUCUUAUAAACUCGAAAAACUUGGAAAUAUAAGGCGAAAAUGCAAAAUAAUAAGUGUACAUCAAAUAAUGAUAAGUAUAAUAAAUAUAAGCCCAUUAGAACUUCUUUCAGUUUAUAAAAAAAAAGCUUCAUUUAACUUCAUGAUCCAUUAUAUCAAAGGUGACAUUUCAGAAAUUUAGAACAAGUAAUGUUGAUUAUAACUCUAUGUAACUAAUUUGAGCAUAUUAGAACAUAGCUCUAAAAGUAUCCGAUUCUAGUCAUAUUUUCAUUAAAAGGAAUUUAAAAUAUGUAUAGUUUAAAAGUUGUAGUUGUAAAAGCAGUGCAAUGUUUUAAAUGUAAAUAGAUUUUAGUAAAAGUGUGUAAAAAGGCAAACAACCGUAUAAUCGGUAGUCUGUGAUAACAUUUUAACUACGUAUUAUAAAUUUGCAAUAUAUAGAUGUAUUUUUGAUCGUAUUAGUUGAUAAGCAUUCCGUUAAUCCUUUUUCCAAAAGAUUUUCUUGAAUAUUAUUUGUUUACUUCGAGGGUUGAUAAAAAAGGUUACUAGUCGAAUAAUAGUGAUUUAUGCAACAAGUAAGUAAAGUAAUACUUUUUUUCACGAAUAGGAAAGCAAUUCCUACGAGUGAAAAAAAUUACUUUACUAACAAUAAUUUUCUACGUCCGUAGGCUUAAAAAAUUCGACAAAACUUUUAUCAAUUUUUAUUGUGUAUAAGUAAUAUUAGAAAUACAACUGUGAGCAUUAUUAAUUCGAAGUGAAGAAGAAGUUACAUUACUAUUGGUACUUGAAUUGGCAACGAGUUCAAAGAAACAACAUCGUCUACAGUUGUAUUAGUACUAGUAUUUACAAUGUUGUUUCCGUUAAAAUUCUCACUGCGGAAUCCUUUUUGUUUUUUAUUCACAACCCUCCGCAACUGUGUUGGAUUUCCACCCACCUUGCUUCUUUGGUUGAAUUAUAUCACCAUCGGAAUCCACUAAUAGAGAGGCCGAAGAUCGUCGAAAUGUAUGCCCAGUGUAGUUUUUUGGAUUAAGUAAAUUCAAAUAUGUUGCGAUAAGCGAGGGAAUUUUUGAAAAGAUAUUGAUACCUACAAUUUGUGUAUUGCAUUUUCCGUUUCUAUACGGAAAAAAGAAAUUAUCUGUUCUGACAUUUGUGGAUCGUUGGUUUUUAUAUUUUUAUAAAUGUUUACCAAGUUUAAUCUAUUGUCAGAUAUUUCACCAAUAACAGUAAAUCGACGUUAGACAUGAGUUUUUAUAUCAGGUACUGUAAUAAUUAAAACAUUUCCGGUAUUAUUGAUAUCGUUACACUUCAUUUUAUAUAAUUCCUCACUCCGCAGAGCUCCUUCCAUUGCGAUUAUGAAAGAUGUUACAAUGAAUAUCUAAGCUUACAUUAAAAUUUUUUGCUGCUAUACCUUAUGCUUGAGAUUAUGAUCAUCUGGAGCUUGUAACAGAAACUUAAAUUCUUCACGGACAAAUGUUUUAGAUUUUUUGGGUCUAUAGCCAACUGAUUUUCAAAUAUGCAAUGAGUUUCGACUAUUUACUGAUGUCUACAUUGUUAUUUACCAUUAGGGUGCCUUUCAGUUUUGAAUAAGUCGACCAAAGUGUUAAAGCCUCCCACAUUUUGGAUUUAGUUUCAAAGUAAGCUAGUAACACUCUUUAUUUAAAGCUGUGUAUGCCUUUUUUAGUACGCCUCUCCAUAAAAGAAUUAUAUUCCUUUAAAUACUGUUCCCUGGAUUUCUCGGAAAGAAGAUUCAUAGUCGCUGCAGUUGCCGAUUCGACACCAUCUUCUUGUGUGCAGCUUAAACUUUCUUCACUGUUACUCUCCAUCAAUAAUAAUAAUAAUAUUACACUCCUUUUAAUUAGAUACAAAACGGAUUUUCUUGAACGAAUAUAAAGAAAUAAAAGUGUAACAGUUUAUCGGAGAAACGAAGCAUUCACAGUCCACUAUUUUGAUAAAACAAUUUUAUAAUUGCGUUAACGUUUCGGCACUUUUUUUAAUGCAAAAGUGUGAAAAAAUUAACCGCUACGGUACUUUUUUCGCCCUUUUUAACCGAUUCAGAAAUUACAUUUUUUAUGAAUGCAAAUGAAUGAAAAAUAAAACGUGAAUAUUAUAACGGACGUAGAAAAAAAAUAUAAUAAUGGCAUUAAACAAAACAUAAAAUACAAAAGGGCAUAUCGACGACUUACUUUCAGAACCUCCUAAGUCAGUUUUGACUAAUUUUACAGGAGGGAUAAAAAAUCGAUAUGUAGCGCCAUACACCCAUUACUAAGCUUUGAUUAACCAAUAAAUACAGUUGAUUAAGACUUGUUUACAAUGAUUUCUACUAAAGAAUAUAAUUAUAAACUUUAUAGUCAGACAUACAAGGUUUUUAACCAAAAUAACAAGACGUUCUAGAAACAAGUAGGUUUUAUUUGUUUUCAAUUCUGGCUAUAUUCUAAUCAUAAUUGAGUAACGAACAAAAUUAGAAGAAUGAAAUAAAAAUAAUUAUAAUUGAAAGAAUAAAUAUAUAAAAUAAUAUUAUCAGACACUUCACACUUUGAACAAUUAAUCUUCUUUAAACGCUAGAGUCAUGACACAUUGUAUUUUAAUGCCGGAAAGUUUUUGAAAUAUCUAUGAUUUGAAUAUUCAACUUAAUAGGCCGAUUUAAAAGCAGCAAUAUACCCAUAAGGCGAAUAAAUUUCUCUAUUACCGAUUCUUCAAUUCAAUCAUUCACUAUCUACCUAAAAUUCAGCUGCAAGACAAGUAUCGUCAGUCUCCAAUAGGAAAAAACAAAAUUUUUCCACUAUAUGUAAUUAUCCAAUGUUGCGGCUUCUAUCCUUUUUUAUAAUCCCUUGUAUUUGAAAUUUGUAAAAUAUACAAAAAUCCAAUUGUAUUUAAUAUAUUAUAAUUUUAAUAGUGAAAACAUAUUCGUUCUGUUUUCAUUCAUUAUGCAACAAUUUGCAAUUUUUUCUGAAAAAUCACUUAAUAAUUAAAUAGAAAAUCAAGACCUAGCUUCAGGCUAUUAAAUUGUUCCAAAAUAAUAAAAAAGUAACAAUGGUAGCAAAUUAUAACUGGCGUUGUAUUACACCAUUGAGAACUCACAUUUGCCUAUACGAGGACUGGCUAUUAAAUAACAAGACUGCGCGCCUAGAGGGCGCCCUAGACGAGUAGGGUAAAAAACGAGUAUGUAGAUAUCUUGUCUAUGUACGUCCCAAAACACGUUUCCGUCACUAUUCUAGUAUUUGUGCAUUAUCGGUUUGAAACGGACGUGUUUUUUUCUCGUGCCGAAAAACAGGAGUAACGUAUCAAUCUCAAAUUUAUCGUUAAAAAUUGAAAAAAAAACUCUGACUGAGUGCUAUAAAUUGUUACAAGAGGCCUAUGGAGCAAUUGUCUAUCUCGUGGAUAUGCUUUUUAGUAGUGUAAGCGCUUUAGUGAGGAUCGAGAGAGCACUGAAGAUGACCAGCGCCCAGGUCGCCCUAUAACUAUUUCAACUAACAAAAAUCAACAAAAUUGUGCAUAUAGAUCGUCGAAUGAGCAUCCGGAUGAUUGCCGAGGCUCUAAACACCGAUAAAAAAACGGUUAGAAAAAUUUUACACGAGUAAUUACACAUGACAAAAGUCUUAGCGAAGUUGGUGCUAAAAAAUCUAACGCAAUAGCUCUUGCGUCGACGGGUCCUUGAAAGGUUAGAAAAAGAACUGCCUAGAAAGGAACCCUGCUUUGAGUCGAUGGAAGCGGUAAAGCUAAAAACGGCGAGGGAAGAGGAGUAUAUUGAAGGGGAGCAUUUGAAUGUAGAAUCAUUUUUAUAAUAAAACCCUCUUCCGUAACCAGUCUAGUUAUUUAAUAGACAGACCUCGUAUUAAAACUCAUUAUACAGAUAAAUCACAUUGUUUAAAUUUCGUCAAUCACCAAGAUCCAAAACAAUUUAUAGAAAAAUGUUUUUUUUUCAGUACAACAAACUAAAAAUUAGCCCUAUGUGUACAUAAUAUGUAUAAUAAAUGAUAAUUGUAGUUAUAUGUUGUAGGGCUUAUUAUAAACGCCUAACCAAAAAUUAAACUUUAGAUGAGAUAUAAAUGUUCACCAAAAUAUCAUAGAUAUAAAACUAGUCGAAAAAAUUUAUGUCAAAGAGGCCGUUUUAUUACAGAGCCGCACAAAAAUUACUGAUGUAAUUGAUAUGUAUAAAUGUUGUGUAUUUAUUAUAAAAUAUACUCCAUUACCAAAAA